AUGGCAGUGGUUGCUUCUGCGCCGGGAAAAGUUUUGAUGACUGGUGGAUAUCUUAUUCUGGAGAGGCCUAAUGCAGGGAUUGUACUAAGUACAAAUGCCCGAUUUUAUGCUAUUGUCAAGCCGCUUUAUGAGGACCUUAAACCUGACACAGCAGCACAUGCCACCUUUGACAAUACUAAGAAGGAGGAGCUACAUAAACUUUUGUUGCUAGGUCUUGACAUUACGAUUUUAGGCUGCAAUGAGUUCUAUUCAUAUAAAAAUCAGACUCAUAUGGGUACUCUCACGCAGAUUGAAGCCUGUGGCCUGCCUCUAUCUCCCGAUUCACUGGCUUCUCUCCCACCUUUCACUUCGAUCACCUUUAAUGCAGAGGAAUCUAGUGAACAAAAGAGCAAACCCGAAGUUGCCAAAACUGGAUUGGGCUCGUCUGCUGCUAUGACAACUGCAGUUGUUGCUGCUUUACUUCAUUACCUUGGAGUGGUCAAACUUUCCUUAGAAAAUAGUUCUCUUCCAGGGGAUCAAGUCUCGAAGGAACUGGAUGUCGUGCAUAUCAUAGCUCAAACUGCUCACUGUAUAGCGCAGGGUAAAGUCGGUAGCGGUUUCGACGUGAGCUCUGCUGUUUACGAAAGUCAAAAGUAUAUCAGGUUUUCGCCUGAAGUACUUUCUUCUGCUCAGGAUGUUGCUCGAGGGCUUUCAAUACAAGAGGUCAUUGGAGAUGUGCUAAAAGCCAACUGGGAUCAUAAGAGAACGAAUUUUCAGUUGCCACCAAUGAUGUCACUGUUACAUCUGGUCCAAUCUUCAUUAACUAAUGUCCUGUGCUGA